UCGUUAGGGCAAAUAGAGACUUUAGGAGGCCACAAAUGAAUGUUCUUGAAUUGGGCCACAGAAUUAGCCUUCUUUAGGGCCACAGAAUCGUUACUUAGGGGACACAGAAUUGUUACUCAGGGAUACAGAAUUGUUAUUCAGGGACACAGAACUGUUACUCAGGGACACAGAAUUGUUACUCAGGGACACAAGAAUUGUUACAGGGACACAGAAUUUGUUACUGAGGGACACAGAAUUGUUACUGAGGGACACACAGAAUUGUUACUGAGGGACACAGAACUGUUACUCAGGGGACACAGAAUUGUUACUCAGGGACACAGAAUUGUUACUCAGGACAGACACAGAAUUGUUACUCAGGGACACAGAAUUGUUACUGAGGGACACAGAAUUGUUACUUGAGGGACACAGAAUUGUUUACUGAGG